AGUUCCAUGGAAAAGAACAUAGCUUUUGGAACAACAGCAAGAAAAAUCAGAAACCAGAGCUGCAAUUCGAAAGUUUUUUCUUUUUCUUGAUACAAAUCAGAACAAGGAGGAGGGAACUGAGGAGGAGAAAAAAAAUACAAAAACAUAAAUAAGUGAAGCAAUAUGAUGAGGCUCACAGCUAAAGUUUCGAGGGCCGUGAGAAAUGGAAUAGGCUCCGUUUCAGUGCUUAAACCACCACCGCUUCCAAAAGCGGCGGCGCCGCCCCGCAGACAAUUUUCUGCGAGUAGCAGCACUUUCACGCCGAACCCAAUUGCAGUUGAAAUGAUAAAAUACGCCACCUCUCUUGCCCGCGAGAACAAAACAGAAGAAUCUUACGCGCGAGGAUUGUUGGUAUUGGAACAGUGCGAAUCAACUCAACCAGAUGAAAAUUCCAAGGGUUUGGUCGAGCUUGCUCGUUCUACCUUAAUGUUUGAGAGAGGUUCCCAUGAGACAGCAAUCGAGGGACUAGGAAAACUUCAAGAUUUAAGCUUGUCAUCUCUUGAUAUUAAAGUUGCUGCUUCUGAAGCUCUAGUGGGAAUUUAUCUAGAAAUAUAUCGAGAGGAUGCUGCAUCAGCUGUUGCAGAUUUGGCAUUGCAAAUCCUAGGAUCAAUCCGACAUGAACUAGGUGAUGGGGCUGGCUUUGAGGCUCUAGAAGCCCGAAUCAAAGCUCUGAAAGGUCUGAUUGAGCUCAUAUGUGGCGACAUUGAAUGUGCAAAGUUGGUCUUUGAGGGAGUUCCGAGGGAGGGAUUGUCGAAUGCCAAUGCUGCCCUGUCUUAUGGUGAAUUCCUUCAUGGAAUGCGGAAGUUUUCUGCUGCAAAGGAGAUGUACCAGAGAGUGAUUCAGGCAACGUCCGACAUCAAAGAUUUUGGUGAUCCUAACAACCUCGGAGCUUGUAACAUGUCGCCACGGGAAGUUGCAAUUGCUGCCGGUUGUUGUUUAGGACAGCUUGAGGCUCAUGCUGGGCAUUUUGGUGAUGCAGAGGAGAUACUGACCACAGCACUGAAGCAAGUUGAAGAGCACUUUGGCCCUCAACAUCCCAAAGUUGGUGUCAUUUUGACCUGCAUUGCUCUCAUGUAUCGACUAAAAGCCAUGGUGGAGCGCUCGAGCUCCCUUCUAAUUCAAGAGGGCCUUUUCAGAAGAGCAAUCGAACUGCUUAAAGCUCCACCUUUGGAGGUUGAUGGUGCCGAUGCGAACAUUAACAGAAAAGAUAUAAUUGUACUAGCCAGAGGCGGGUAUGCAGAAACGCUGCUUGUGCAACAGUCGAGAAAAGCAGAAGGGGAGAGAUUGAAACAGUGGGCAGAAACUGCUUGGGGGAACCGGUGGAUGUCACUGGGGGAGGCACUGGAGCUGUCGGAAUCUUCGCCUAAGGUGCCAGUCAUAGAUACUCGAAUAUGCAGGGUCGUGUAGUUUCGUGUACAUAAUAUAUAGUUUAUAAUUAUAUGAUCUUGCCUCUGGUGACAAAACUACAACAACUAUUUAUACCUUGAGUUAAUACAGCACAGUUGUUAUGUUGCUGUUUUGUUUUAGAAUGGAAGAUGUUCAUUUUGAGGUUUACUAAUAAGGAGGCAACCAUGGAAGUCAUAUGAUGUUUCUGAUUGAGGAUGGCAUAUAAAAUGUAGUGUUAAUUGGCCCUGGAUUUGAUUAUUAAGUUGUUGAAAUAAAGAAAUUCAAACUUCUGUUU